AUGGAGAGCCUCCUGCGUGACCUCGGGGACGCGCGCGACGCCUGUAACAACCUGCCUUUUGACGAUGCGCUGCGCGACAAGAUAGCUACCGAACUGGAUCGCAUCGAGGCUGCUCCGCCUCUCGAGCGCAUGUUGGUGACGAAGCCGCCGGUCAAGAGGUGGGCGGAAUUGGUCAGCCGGCAGAAGGAUCCGUCCAUCAAGACGCGUCGUCAGGCUGCGCUCACCGCCAUGCUGCGCGUCGGCGUUGGGCUCGGCGGCGAUGUUGGAGGGUGCGCGUGCGGGUGA